AUGCCGAGUUUACGUACUGGGAUCAUUGUGAUUGGGGCCACUCUUUGUUCCGUUCGGGCAGACCUGCCACAUCUUGAAAAAGAGUUCGAGCAAUUCGUCACAAAAUUUGAGAAGACGUACGCCACGGCCGCCGAACGCGCAACUCGCUUUGCCACCUUUGCAAAGAACUUUGCCCGCAUCGAGGCCCACAACGCAGAGGGCCAUGCCUUCAAGCUGGGCAUCAACGAGUUCGCUGACAUGGAGCCGGAGGAAUUCGCUUCCAGCCACUUUGGGCUCUCUGCUGAAAGCCGACCAUGGUCUGGUUUGCCUUACCUGGGCAGGGACCCGUACAGCGGCUCAGAGUUGCCCAAGAGUGUGGACUGGGUGAGCAAGGGCGCAGUCACCAACCCAAAGGAUCAGGCGAAAUGCGGAUCGUGCUGGUCUUUUUCGACCACGGGAGCGCUGGAGGGUGCCUGGAAAAUUGCCACUGGCAAGCUGGUCUCUUUGAGCGAGCAGCAGCUUGUGGACUGUGCAAAAAACGGCAACAUGGGCUGCAAUGGUGGCUCCAUGGAUCUCGCUUUUGAGUACCUGGAGAAGUACGAUGUUUGCACCGAAGCAAGCUACCCGUACAAGGCUAAGCAAGGACAGUGCCACGAGACGAACUGUACGGUUGCAGUCCCAAAGGGCUCCAUCGUGGGCUUUAAGGAUGUGACACCCCAGGACACAAACGCCUUGAUGGAAGCCGUUUCCGAGCAGCCAGUGUCGGUUGCCAUCGAAGCUGACCAGAUGGCCUUCCAGCUGUACCAGGGAGGUGUCUUGACGAAGAAGUGUGGCAAGAAGCUGGAUCAUGGUGUGCUGGUUGUGGGCUACGGCACAGACAACGGCGUGGAUUACUGGAAGGUGAAGAACUCAUGGGGAGGUUCGUGGGGCGAAAAUGGCUACGUGAGAAUCGAGCGUGGUGUGCCCAAAGACGGCGAGUGCGGCAUCAAGGACCAGCCCUCCUAUCCCAUUGUGAAGGCCAAGGAGCAUGCUGUCGCGGCCAUUGUCGUGUAA